AGCGUGUUGAGAAGCAGCAGCUGCCACUCACGCUGGCAGACCGACUCCACGUCUAAGGAUAUACGAGUACCGUGCUGGGACAGCAGCCUCCUGACACCCCCCCACCCGCCCCGCACUUGUUUCUUCGGAGCGUAAACCUUCACGGUUUAGCUUCACAAGAUGGACUUGAGGGUAACGAGCCUCCUUUUGGUCCUCCUGGCCUUGGCGGAGGGAACCCCCGAUAGGUACUAUACACCCAAAGUGGCAAAGGUCCCCUACCCCGUCAAGAGUCACUCUGUUGCAGGACCAGAAGGUCCUCCAGGACCCCCAGGGGAACCAGGACCAAUGGGACCACCUGGACCUCCUGGAGAACGGGGUAUUGGACACACAGGACCUCGAGGCCCACCAGGAACACCUGGGGCCCCUGGCCACUCUCAGGCAGGCAAACCCGGUGCCCCAGGUGGCCCAGGAAAACCAGGAAUCCCCGGCGCACCAGGUGAAAGAGGUGCAAACGGAGCAACAGGACCGAUGGGACCAAGAGGCGCACCUGGUUCCCCUGGAACCCCUGGACCUGCAGGACUUUCAGCUACUGGAAAACCUGGACCAGCUGGGCUUCCGGGUCCAAUGGGUCACAGAGGAGAGCCCGGUCUGAAGGGACAUCCUGGUAUUCCUGGUGUUCCAGGCCCAAAAGGAGAGAGAGGCAUUGGUGUUCCUGGGGUGCAGGGUCCAUCGGGUCCAACUGGCCCAAUGGGCCCAUCUGGCAUGCCUGGCAAACCUGGAGUUGGCAAGCCUGGUGCCACUGGUUAUCCUGGUGAACCUGGUAAGGAUGGAAUGCCAGGAAGAGAUGGUGCCCCUGGGCCAAUGGGUUUGCCAGGUCUUAAGGGUCACACUGGACCCCCUGGUGUAGGAGCGCCAGGAAAACCAGGCCAGAAUGGUACCCCAGGUACACCUGGGCCUAUGGGGGCUAAGGGUCCACAGGGUCCUGCUGGUCAGCCAGGCUCCCCUGGCAUGCCAGGUGUAGGCAAGACGGGAGAGCCCGGAAUACCAGGAUCCAGAGGAAGUCCAGGUAGUCCUGGAACCACUGGUCAGAAAGGAGAGCCAGGCCCAACUGGAUAUACUGGUCAACCAGGGGCUCCAGGUCCUAUAGGCCCAGCUGGACCACAAGGUGCAAGAGGAUUUCAGGGUGAAUCAGGCCCAGUAGGACCUAAGGGUGAUAUUGGUAUGGUAGGUGCACCAGGCCCAAGAGGAUCCAAAGGUGAGCAGGGAGCACAAGGCUUCACUGGGAAACCAGGCACUCCUGGUGCCGUAGGUCCCCCAGGAAUCCCAGGCCAUAAUGGAGCUCAAGGUCCAAAGGGUUCACAAGGCCAUGCUGGCUCUCCAGGAAGUCCUGGAGCAAAUGGUGCACCUGGACUUAAAGGACACACAGGUGCCCCAGGGGCACCAGGUAAAAGUGGUGAGCCUGGAAGGCCAGGAGCAGCAGGACCAGUUGGUCCCCCUGGUCCAUCUGGUCCUCCUGGACUUAAGGGCCAUCAAGGUCUCCCAGGUCCACCUGGUCCAGCUGGUCUGACAGCUAAAGGAAUUUCUGGCCCUAUGGGUCCCCCAGGACCUCCAGGACAGAGAGGCCAUGAUGGUCUCCCUGGCCCCUCUGGUCCUCCUGGUCCACCUGGCCCCCCAGGAGAGGUGAUCUACCACCAUGAAAAGAGCAUGCCAAUUAAGUCCCAUGAGGUCAUGAUGCCUCAUGAAGUGAUGAAGGCUCCCAUGUCUGCCUUUAGUGCUGUGCUGACCAUGGCCUACCCACCCUCAGGAACUCCCAUUCAGUUCAACCAGGUCCUUUACAACGGAGAGAACCACUAUGACCCCCACAGUGGUGUGUUCACCUGUCAGAUCCCAGGCCUUUACUAUUUCAGCUUCCACAUGCACGUCAAUGGUGCUAAUGCAUUGGUGGCCCUCUACAAAAACGAGGAGCCCCUGCUUUUCAUCUAUGAUGAAUACAACAAGGGCUUCCUGGACCAGAUGGCAGGCAGUACUGUUCUUAUGCUGCAUCCAGGUGACCGGGUCUACAUCCAAGUUCCCGAUGAGGAGAGCAAUGGCAUAUUUGCUGCAGACAACGUUCAUUGUGGGUUCUCUGGCUUCUUGAUCGCCUCAACGUGAUUUAAUAAAUCCCCAUAAACCUCAGAAACCUUACCAAAAACAACAGCAUUGAACUGCUCAGAGGAAUAGAUCAGUUUAGACAAUUUAAAAAAGAUUGUGAAUCGCUUUUACAAUUCACCAACCUCACUCAAGUUUCAAGGGUCAAAAAUGCUCAGGCAACCGAGAUUCAUCUUGUCUCCAAAAAUUCAGGCCUAAAAUAUAUCCCUGUCCCCUGUUCGCUUUGUGUCUUAGCAAUUAAACUAAAUGUUAUUGGAAGAUUUCAUAAGUGGUGCUCUACAACUGCCUGAAACAUUUACAGUGCCUUUUUUUAUUUGUGUUUGUUUUUUUUCUGUUUUAAUUCAUGUCUGUUUAAGGGGUUUUCCUUAAAAUUUACAAAAUAAAUAUGCAAAACUGAUGUAAUAUAUGUUAUCAGAGAUCAGCACAUUUACACCAGCACUGUGACUACAAACACAACAUUGGAGGAGAAUUUCAAACAGCUUUUUUUUGUAACUAUGUCCCAUUGGAUGUGUUAAGUUAUCUACCACUUACUGAGAAAAACAUGGAAUAAAAGUACGACUUUGAAAACUA